UAACCGACGUUUGUUUUGUUUUUCCACGCGUUAUAAAGCUUCGCUGGGCUUCAAUGAUCAGAUUGCUUUUAUUCUGAAUCUUCAACUUAAAAAAAAAAAAAAAAAAAAAAGAGAGCUGAUUUUUGUGUCGUAAUGUUUUAGAGCAUCAAGCUUCGGCUGUUGAGAAAGACGAGUGGGUCUUGUAGGAUGGAUGUUUCAAUCAACCAGUUAUCUGAUUAUAUUUAAACACAACAACUAAUCUGAAAAAGCGUGUUUCGUAUUUGGUUUUCAACAUCUUAUUCUGUUUCAACAAGUUCCCAAUGGACAUUUCUCAAAAUCUGCAGUUGUUGACGUGUUUGAAAACUUGGAUCUGGUUCGUCGCAUCAAAGGAAACACGUCUGCUUGAUGAAUAUACCGCGGAAGCUACAGUAGUAGAUGUCUGCCAUUCCAGGCCUUGGGACGUGUGCUUGAAAUUAAAGCAUUAUUAUUUUCCCCAGCUUAAUUGCUGUCUAGCGAAAUCAUACUUCUAGUGUCUGUUGAACGUAACCUACGGCAAUAACAUCUGUGUGAUUACAAACAGUGUGAUCAAAUGCUUUCAAUUCACUCUGUGUCUGUCUGGUCAGUGAGACACAAUCAUAUGUUUUGUGUUCUAUGUCACACUCCAUUUACUCUCAGUUAGAUUCAGUAGAAUCGCUAAUCAACGAGCUUCCAUAUAUGUUUUAUCUCGGCCUGUUUUUUGUCAACGUCUUAAUUCUCUAUUAUGCAUUUUUAAUGGAAUACAUUGUCCUUAAUGUAGGAAUAGUAUUCUUGCCAGAGGAUAUGGACCAGGCACUGGUGGAUUUGGGUGUUCUCUCUGACCCAGCCUCCAUUCCUUAUGACACAGACACAGAGCUGGAUGUUUUCGAGGGAUAUCUGGAAUAAACUAAGCAUGACUGGCAUUCCCAAACAAAGCUUUUGUAGGAGAGGAGCAAUUUUGCUGAUUCAUUUGGUUACUCGUGUACGACUGAUAAAGGGAAAUGUGUGUGCUGUUUGCAGUCAUGAAAAGGUGUUGCAGUGGUCAGCUCAUAAAAGAGUCACUUUCAUGAGCUGUCCAAGUCCAGGGGAUCGACCUACAACCAAGCCAUAGUGCCACAUAAGAGUAUUUACCUGGAACAGAUAAUCUGAAAGGACUGUGUGGUACUCCAUGAAGCACCCAGACAGUGUCUCCUCAGAGAUCACAUUCAGGCUCCACCCACUACUGUGGAUACCAAUCUAUUUAUUUUCAGUUUCUAUUCAGCACUCAAACAGCAUUCUGUGUUAACCCUGCCAAGAGCAUGUUAUUACCCUUGAAUAUGUUUAGACAGCACCCUUAUUCAGGAUCUGUAUCAGCAUGUUUUUGUUCCUAAUUAAAUGAGCAGUACGUCUUGAGACAAACAAGGUGUCUGUAUCAGUAUUAGGUUUUUAAGGUUGGAUUUUUUUUACAAUAAGACUCAUAGAAACUGCAUAUUUGUGACUGCCUGAAAAUGAAAUAUUUGAUUGAUGUUCAGUUAUCCACUCUAUAUACAUUUAAUAAAUGAUUACUUUCACUUUGUGU